GAGAGAGAGAGAGGAGAAGGGGAAUGGGGAGAGGGGGCCACGGCUCGUUCUGUUCAGGAGCCGGGAUGAGAGACCAUCCAGGAUAGAGGUACCGUGAGAGCCUCUCUCUUUGUGUACUGAACAGGGCAUGGCGAUGGGAAGGAUGCUGUGUUUUGCGUGUCUAUGAGUGUCGUUCAUGUGUAAGAGUGUGCAUGUUUUGGAUGUUUCUUAGUUAUUCUGAAAAUGUCUGCCAGCUCAGUCAUGUAAGACUAUUCUGGAGCCAGAAAGUUAUGGUUAAGCUUUUCUCUUUAAGUUCACAACCCGUUAAUGAAACUGUUAGCGAGAAAUAGGAAGAUAUGUAUAUAUUGGUUCAUGCAGAGACCGAGAGCUGAGCACUGCACAGCACAGAAGACCCUCCCCACAUUCACACAGACCCCUCUCACUGCCUAAUCUCAGCAAGACAGGGAAAAAUGGCCUUCCAGAAAACCCCUCCUCAUCUGGCCUGGUGGUUCGCUCUAUGUCUCAUCCUAGUCCUGGAGGUCUGUGGAGAAGAGCCGGACUCUACCAAUAGGCAUACCGGCGGGGGGACUCAGUGUGGGGAUUACAGCAACCAGGUGAUGGAGAAUGGGAUGUGUCAGCUGGUUGCCACCCUGCCACAGCUGGACGACCAGAAGUGCCCCGACAUGUUCCGCUGCACGGACGAGGUCUCCUAUUGGCUGCACGAGAACGAGGAGAGGAAGCAGCAGAUUCUGUCUCUGAGGGAGACCAUCUCAGAGCUCCAGGAGGAGCUGAGGAAUCACAGGCACCGUGUCAAGCUUCUGGAAUUACAGAGUGAGGAGAAAAACCAUAUGAAUUCUUCUUUGGAGCAGCGCUUCCAUGAGUUGGAGGUUCACUAUGCAGAAGCCACCACACUACUGCACAUACAGGGCACUCUCAUCUCUGAUAUGCAGACCCAGAUCCAGAACCUGACCCUGUUGGUGGAAAGAGUCCGCAGGAAUCCUGGCUGUAUGAUCAACGUAGUCCACACCAGCCCCCAGAUGUCUGCGGAGGAGGCCCUGCACCCUGAGGUCCAGCAUGUGAGGAGCUGUCCCAUCGACUGUGCUUCUGUCUACCAGAACGGAGUGAGACGUUCUGGCCUCUACACCGUGGUGCCUUCACUCGGAGCCAUGCCCGUGGAGGUGUACUGUGACAUGGAAACAGAGGGAGGAGGCUGGUCGGUGAUCCAGAAGCGCGUGGACGGCACGGUGAGCUUCGACCGCAGCUGGAGGGACUACAAGGAGGGCUUCGGGGACCUGCUCUCCGAGUUCUGGCUGGGUCUGGAGCACAUCCACCACCUGACGGCGCAGGGGGAGUACAGCCUGCGGGUGGACCUGGAGGACUGGACCAGCAAACACAAGCACGCGGUCUACCAGAGCUUCAGUGUGGAUGGAGAGGAGAGCCAGUACCGGCUCCACGUGUCUGGAUACAGCGGUACUGCAGAGGACUCAUUCAGCUGGUACCAUGACAAGCAAGGCUUCAGCACCCCAGACACUGGCAACAUCUGUGCUGAGAUCUCCCAUGGGGGCUGGUGGUACAACCAAUGCUUCUACGCCAACCUCAACGGUGUCUACUACAGGGGGGGCAGGUAUUCUCCUAAAGGGCAGAGUCCGCUGGGUCCUGAUGGCAUCGUGUGGUAUUCCUGGAAGGAUUCCGAUUACUACUCCCUCCGCAAAGUCAGCAUGAUGAUCCGCCCGCGCACGUUCCGACCCCGCAUGUCGCCCUGAGCGACGGGAAGCCAUGUGACCAUGACAGCAGCAGCCUGUGGCUCAAAUGGUCUGAUAAGAUGUCAUCGUGCACAGAAUGUUAUAGUUUGGGGGUUGCCAGGUUUGGAGAGCUUAGGACCUGCACCAUGACAAGGAGACAGGGCUUGAACUUCAUCCACGUCCUGAGAGUUCAGGUUGGAGGAAACAGAAAACCGGACAACUAGUGAUUUGACUUCCAGGUCAUUCCUUUCUUUACAAGACAUUACAUCCUUAAUACUGUGGCCACCAUGCAUACUGCA